ACAGCUUGGUGUUUAUUCGUGUUCAAGGAUGUUUAGAAGUCCUCACUUUUUAACUUCAGCAUGCCUACUGGGGACCCAUAGAUCACUGCUUAUGACCUUCAACUCUCACAAACCGAACAAAGGAAGGCCAGCGUACAAUACUCUGUCUAGACUUUUUUGUCUGGUCAGCAGGGAGACAGAAAAGCAAUGGAAACAGCAGCAUAUACUGAAGCCAUCAAACACAUGUAACAAACUGUCCUCUGUAUACUACUUGAAUGACACUUUACCAGAUCGUGUCAAUCUGCGGAACUCUAAUUGUUUACUAUUUAAAAAACAGAUAAACAACAACAGAAGAUAUGCACAUACAUUGACCAAAAGCUUAAAGCACAAUAUCGAAAAUCAGAAGACCUACCACACCAGCAUAGGCCAAUUAUUUAAAGGCAAUCCACUGUGGACUUACUUUAAAGCAGGAUGGAGUCAACAUGGACCUCUGGUAUCUCAAACCUGUGGUGUGCACAAGAGAAUUCCACAGCAGGUAAUUCGCGAAGACUGCCUAUCUGCCGAGAACAAGGCACGCUGCCAGGUUCUUAUGCAGCCCAACCCUGCACUGUAUGAGAAGAACACAGGGAAGAGCUGUGCAGCUGUGCUUGUGUCUUUGUGCACUGUAGGAGGCGAGCCAUCUUUCCUCUUCACCCUUAGAUCUAGCAAACUGAGGGGGAGACACAAAGGUGAUGUAAGUUUUGCAGGGGGGAAACAAGACCAGUCCGACAGGAAUGUUGUGGAAACGGCUCUGCGAGAAGCCAGGGAGGAACUGGGGAUCACAGUUAGUGAAAAUGAAGUGUGGGGGGUUCUAAAGCCAUUAUCUGAUAUGUCAGGAUUGAGGAUUGCUCCUGUACUGGCAAACCUCGGGCCACUGGAGACUCUGACGCUCCGUCCGAACCCAAGUGAGGUGGAGGAGAUCUUUACCCUGACUGUAGCUCAUGUGAGCAACCCUCAGAACAGGGGCUACACACAUUUCCGCACUGGCAAUCGCUAUGGAUUCACUCUUCCAGUGUUCCACAAUGAUAAGUACAGAGUCUGGGGGCUGACAGCAGUAGCAUUGGACUAUACACUUAAACUCAUCAUGCCUGAGGAGCAGCUCUAACUCUUCAAUCAGCUAUUUACUCCGAGGAGAUUUGGAUUAAUUGGUUUGUUGGUUUGUUAGUCAAGGUAAAAUAUUGCCAUGGUUACAGUCACUGCAAUCAUGACCUGCUGAUGGAGCAAUUGGUUUUUGUGUUUAAUGAUUUUAAGUAGAUACUUCAGGAAAUGCUACAUUGCAGUAAUGUAAGCCAUGGAGCCACUGUUGGGCCUUUGAAAGCUGAGGUCAGAGCACAGGGUCAGCUUUUGCACUGCGCCCCUGGAGCCGAGAGGUUUAAGAGCCUUGCUAAAACAAGCUAGUUUAUGUGAUAAAAGAAUUUUAUUGUACUAUACACUUGUGUAUGUACAG